CAGACUAUGUCCGGAGCAAGGACUUUCGGGACUGCCUCAUGAGUACGCAUUUCUGGGGCCCUGUAGCCAACUGGGGUCUUCCCAUUGCUGCCAUCAAUGACAUGAAAAAGUCUCCAGAGAUUAUCAGUGGGCGGAUGACAUUUGCCCUCUGUUGUUACUCCUUGACAUUCAUGAGAUUUGCCUACAAGGUCCAGCCUCGAAACUGGCUUCUGUUUGCAUGCCAUGCCACAAAUGAAGUAGCCCAGCUCAUUCAGGGAGGACGCCUUAUCAAACAUGAGAUGAGUAAAAAGGCAUCAGCAUAACAGUUU